CAUACUUGACGUACGUAGAAUUUCGUUGUUCGACAAAAACUACCAUGUUACGAUAAGAACAUGAUAUUAUUCAUUUGAAAGUCAAUUUUCCGCUGUCUUCGACAAGUCAGUGUAAAAAAUUUUCUUUCGUUUGCACAAAAUAAAAUGGAAUUGUUAUUGAAAAUAUCAAUAAUAGCAGUGCCGCUGUUUUCAAUCGUGUUUCAGUACGCGGUUAUUCUUUAAGUAACACCAGCAACGUACACUUUUUCCUGUACACCAAAACGAACGAAGACAGAAUUUUAUUAACCGACUCCAACAUGAAUUUGUUUGAUCCAACAAAAUGCACCAAAGUCAUUAUUCACGGGUUCAAUGUCAAUUCGAGUUCGCCCUGGAUAAUCAAUAUGGCAAGAAGGUUUGCCCAAAAAGACAAUUGCAACUCAAUUGCAGUCGAUUGGGGUAGAUAUAGCGAAACCCUUUACAUAAAAGCUGCUUUCAAUUCAAAAUUGGUUGCCCAAAUAACUGCAGAAGGGCUGCUAACGCUAUUAUCCCAAAACAAAACGAACAAUAAUAUUACGGCUGAUGUAAAAAAUGUGCAUAUAAUUGGGCAUUCGGUGGGGGCCCAUCUGGCAGGCCUGACAGGUCAUAAAAUGGCAACGAAAUUGUCGGGCACCAAAGUGAAACGCAUAAGUGAAGGUUUGGAUCCAGCCGGUCCUUAUUUCGACGCAAUUUUUACCACCAGAUCGCGACGCAUUCAAAAACAUGACGCCGAUUUUGUCGAUAUAAUACACACGGAUGCAUUUUACGGCUACAAUUCGGACCUCGGACACGUUGACUUCUACCCCAACGGUGGUCGCCUUCAACCCCAAUGUGAAAAGGGUGAUAAGAAUUUGUGCAGUCACUCGAUGUCCCACGAAUAUUUCUACAAGUCCAUAGAAGCUCCCGAUUACUUCGUCGGGACGCAGUGUAUGCAAUGGGACCUAUAUUUGAUGGGCAGUUGUAAAAACAAACGUAAAGCACCCAUGGGAAUUGCCACGCCACCGGACACAAGGAAACGGUUUUAUUUAAGAACCAAAUACAAAGAAACUUAAUUAUUAUAUUACGACAUCAGAAAAUGUAUUUUUCUCUAAGUCUAACACGUUAAUAACAGUUGA